AUGGACACUUUAAAAGCUGACCUCAUGCUCAGCCAACACAGCACAGUUCGCUCGGAGAUGCCGCCUGAAAUGGAGUUGCACAUAAUCAACAAUAGCUUCGUUCUCGAUAUUAUAAAGCGCAUUGAUCGCAGUAAAAAAUUUAAGAACUUUAUAUUUUAUGUAUCGGAAGAAUUGAAUCUCAAUAAUCCUGGUGGUGCUGAAUUCUUUCAGAAUUUUUGGUUCUCAUUUCCGUUGGUGCCCAGAAUAUUUAUGCGGCGUCCCGAAUAUUCACCCACAUUGAUAAGGGAUCUGAUAAGCACACCAACUUUGGUGCUGGUCUGCACAACGAGCCACACGGAUCCCAUCAUGGAAGUGGCUGCUCAGAGUUUGCGAGGUAUGCGCUGGCUCAAAACCGUAUUUAUACUCUUUCCCGGACUGAGAAAGGAUACCAACCCGAGGGAUGCGCUCUGGAGUCAUGUGAAGAAUGUGUUGGAUUGGACAUGGAGCAAACAGUUUACAAGCACACUCCUCUUGACCAUUGAGAACAGUCUAUUCGUUCUGAAUCCGUAUCCAACGCCUCGAGUUGAGAAUAAAACGCAUACCUGGAGAGUCAGUGAUAUUUCCAACGAGGUUCACAAUGCCAUCAAUACGAAAGGAUAUCAGAUCAAGACACCCGUCCUCAAUGAUUUGCCCCGUGUAUUCAAGGGAACCGAUCGUAACACUGUUUACGGCACCAGUGCCAAUUUCUUUAAGGAUUUCCUCGAGUUCAUCAAUGCCACGAUGCUGGACACGAGUGGCAAUCUGACCAUGAAGGCCUUUGAUUUGCCAUAUCUAUUGGAGCUGGUGACCCAGGGUGUCUAUGAGACAUUGAUACACUCCUUUACCGAUCUCAAUGGCAACUAUUCGGUCAGCAUAAGUCAUCCCAUUGGCAUCAACGACUGGUGCAUCAUGGUGCCCUAUAGCAGUGAGUCCGUUCAGGAGCUCUACGUUCGUGAGGCUCUGCAGGAUAAUGUCUGGUUGCUCCUACUUUUGGCCGUCAUCUACAUGACCUUUGCUGUCUGGCUGUGCUCCCCUCGACGGCCACGUGACCUUAGUGGCGCCCUGCUGCAGUGCAUCUGCAGCAUUACGAACAAUCCGCCAUUGUCCAUCAUCCGGGAAGCCACGCUUCGCAUGAGAUUCCUGUAUCUGAUAUUUUUCAUCAUGGGCCUGAACAGUUCCAACAUGUACAUCUCCAAGAUGACCAGCUAUCUGACAACGGCACCGGCUCCACGACAACUAAAUACCGUGCAGGACAUUAUUAAUGCGAAUCUGCGCAUUUUGGCUCAAGGAUAUGAAUAUGAUCGCCUCUUGAAAUCGCCAGAGUUGUAUACGCCACGUUUCAUGCAGCAGGUGGAAGUGGUCAGUCCGGAGGUUCUCCAGAAUCAUCGUGAUGUCCUUAAUAGAAGUUUUGGGUACAUGGUUCCCUCCGACCGCUGGGACUUUAUCAACAUGCAGCAGAGUCAUCUGAAUAGCCCCAACUUUAGGCUGACGGAUAUAUGCUCGGGUCCCUUCUACCAUGUCUAUCCUAUGCAUCUGGAUUCGCAUCUCCGAUCCUCACAUCAAAACUUCAUCUUGAUUGCCCAACAGGCGGGUCUCGAGGUCCACUGGAAAGGUCAGGCCUUCUGGGAGGCCCUUCGCAUGCAUCACUUCCAGCUGUUCAUCGACGACGAGGAACCAACACCUCUCAGCAUGAGCUUCCUCGCCAGCGUGAUGCGCGCCUGGUGCUGGGGCUUGGUACUUGCCGGAAUCGCGUUUGCCUUCGAAAUGAAGUGGCACGAAUAUGACACUCUUAUACUUCAGCUAAAAAGGAUUUGGCAACAAUUCAGCAGAAGCAAAAACUAA